CAGAAUGCAAACGCACAUUUGCAAUCGCGCUGCAUUCUGGGAAAUGUAGGAGAAAACUGGUAGGAGGGGUUUUCGUUGUGCUGCUGGUUUGGCAGCUUUCAUCUGUUAAUCUCUGAAUAAAUCUUCUGGUAUAUAUGGCAUGUAACAGGAGGAGGGUAACUCACUUAAUUUCUUAUCGAAGGGACACGACACUAAACGAAAAUGGCCGUAGAAAACGUGAGUGCAGUCUUCAAACUGUACUGCCUGGCAGUGAUGACGCUAGUGGCAGCUACGUACACUGUGGUAUUAAGGUACACACGGACUAUCUCAUCGGGGGACCUGUACUUCUCCACCACAGCGGUGUGCAUCACUGAGGUCAUUAAAUUAAUACUGAGCCUCGGGAUGCUGGCAAAAGAAACAAGCAGCCUCGUACGGCUCAAGAACACAAUAGUGGAGCACAUCUUCCAGAGCCCAAAGGAACUGCUGAAACUGAGUGUGCCCUCGUUGGUGUAUGCAGUUCAGAACAACAUGGCCUUUAUUGCACUCAGUAACCUUGAUGCAGCGGUUUAUCAGGUGACUUAUCAGCUGAAGAUCCCAUGCACUGCCUUAUGCACAGUCUUCAUGCUGAACCGCUCUCUUAACCGGCUACAGUGGUUCUCUGUUUUCAUGCUCUGUGGCGGCGUAACGCUCGUCCAGUGGAAGCCCGCAGAAGCCACCAAAGUUCAGAUCGAGCAGAAUCCUUUAAUUGGCUUCAUGGCCAUUGCUGUAGCUGUUCUCUGCUCUGGAUUUGCAGGCGUGUACUUUGAGAAGGUGUUGAAAAGCUCAGAUACAUCUCUGUGGGUCAGAAACAUUCAGAUGUACCUCUCCGGCAUUUUGGUCACCCUGAUUGGUGUCUACAUCAACGAUGGAGAAAAGGUCCUGGAGAAAGGCUUCUUCUAUGGUUAUACACCAUGGGUGUGCUUUGUUGUUUUCCUAGCGAGUGUUGGCGGUAUUUACACAUCCAUAGUGGUGAAGUACACAGACAACAUCAUGAAGGGCUUUUCUGCUGCAGCAGCCAUUGUUCUCUCAACAGUUGCAUCUGUCCUACUGUUUGGACUGCAGAUAACUUUCACAUUUGCUUCUGGAGCAAUCCUGGUGUGUGUCUCCAUUUACCUGUAUGGACUUCCAAAGCAGGACACAUCCAAAGUGACCCGGCCAGAUAAAGAGACACACACAGAAUUUAGACAGAAACUAAUCACAGUGUGAGUCACAAACUCACAGCAAAAAGACUGUCAUAAGGAUCAGGUCUGUUUUCUGUGGAGCUGCAGGACCUUAAUAAGUUGAUUAAAGAAUCAUUUUCCACACCUACAUUAAACUGGGUCUGCACUUCGUUUGGUUCAAGACAAAGAUGAGUAAAUAUAAAUCUGCUUCAUGCACACUGGAUAGAUGGUUAAGCUUUGAAUUGACAGUAAAAGUGAUUUCAAGGAAAUCUUUGUGCUUUAAGAAUUUAAUUCAACAGUAUCAGAGGGGUGGGUGGGUCUUUGUAGUUUCCUCACUGUAAAGUUUGUCAAUCUGAGGAAAUCACAAAUUCAUCUUUAGUUAAGUAGUACAUCUGUAUAAGAGGCACAUAAAUAAAACAACUUCACAUACUAAAGGCUAUUCUGUUGUUAAUUGUGAAAAGUUAAUAUCUAAAGUCCAAAUUGGACAGACUUAAAAGAACAGUGCAUUUUUGAUUAUUUUUAUUGAACCUCUUAAGUGUCUUUUGUAUCACUUGUUGCAUUGUGUUUUGAAUGUUAUUUUAAAACGUAUUAAAUCUUAGACAAGGA